UCGUGGCGUACAUAUCAACUCGAGAUUGAGGUGAAAUCGUUCGCGAUUGUACAUCCCUUGGCCCCUCCGUAGACCCAACUUGAAGGGACGUAGGGGUAGUUCUUUGUAAUACCUAUCGCAGCGGAACUUCGUACGAUACCUAAAAUUUCGAAUAGAACAGUACAUAAUGUCCUCUUUGCGCUACGAAAUGGACAAUACCGAUGAAGGAAUACAGCCACAGACGGCUUCCGGUAGCGGGUGCAAAAGUGCCCUUAACGCAGCGACCGGCGAUGAACUGUUCAGCAACAUGAUGGGAGCCGACUUUAGCAUAAGAAAGCGUCGCGUCUGGGUCCCUGAGGAAGAUUCGCUCGCUUCCGAGGAUAUCGAUCUUCUGGAUGACGAUGACGACUUGGAAGAGGAGGAAGACGACGGUGUCGGUUGCCCGCUGCCCUCGACCCCCGAGGAUAAUCAGCUACUGGAGGCAGAAAUGACCGAAGUACUCAAGGCGGGCGUGUUGUCCGAUGAAAUCGAUCUGGGCGCGUUAGCUCACAAUGCGGCCGAGCAGGCGGAAGAGUUCGUGCGCAAGGUUUGGGAAGCCUCCUGGAAGGUGUGUCAUUUUAAGAAUCUACCGGCCUGGCUACAGGAUAACGAUUUCCUGCACAAAGGACACCGGCCACCGUUACCCUCGUUCAGCGCUUGUUUCAAGUCGAUUUUCCGCAUACACACGGAAACCGGCAACAUCUGGACGCAUCUGCUCGGGUGUGUGAUGUUUAUUGGCGUGGCUGCUUACUUCCUGACGCGGCCAGCAUUCGAGAUCCAGCUCCAGGAGAAACUCAUCUUCCUAACGUUCUUCAUCGGAGCAAUAAUCUGCUUAGGAUUUUCGUUUGCGUUCCAUACGCUUUGCUGCCACUCGGAAAUGGUUGGAAAAUUGUUUUCAAAGCUCGAUUAUUGCGGUAUCGCUUUGCUUAUCAUGGGUUCAUUCGUUCCUUGGCUUUACUAUGGAUUCUACUGUCACUACAAGCACAAGCUUAUCUACCUAACCGUCGUUAUCGUCCUCGGAAUCACCUCCAUCAUCACGUCGCUGUGGGACAAAUUUUCGCAGCCGAAUCUUAGACCGCUACGCGCCGGUGUCUUCAUGAGCUUCGGUCUGUCCGGUAUCAUUCCUGCAAUCCACUACGUGCUGAUGGAGGGCUGGUUUAGCAAAAUUUCGCAAGCUAGCUUGGGAUGGUUGAUUUUGAUGGGAUUACUGUACAUUCUUGGGGCUCUCUUCUACGCCCUGCGCGUUCCUGAACGGUGGUUCCCCGGCAAGUGCGACAUUUGGUUUCAAUCACAUCAGAUCUUCCACGUGCUCGUACUUGUUGCGGCGUUCGUACAUUACCAUGGCAUCAGCGAGAUGGCCAUGUACCGGGUAACGGUUGGUGAAUGUGACAUUCCUCAUCAGCACCCGGCCAUCAGCUUCUAAAAGAUAUCAAGCCCUAUGCGUGUUUUAGGUGUGCUGUUAAGUGCCCCUCGUAGUAGAUGCCAAGCUGUUGUUGGACACUUUUUACCCCUUUCGCUAAAGGAAGAUACGAGAAAGGCAAUAUUACAGCAAAGGCAGGCGUAGCUAUAACGCAAGAACAUUUUUGUUGCUUUAUUUAUUGUAAAAUUUUGUUUCAUUUUUACAAAUUCUUUUUAUGUGUUGUUUACAAUUUUCAUGUGUUGAAAUUGGUUGAAAAUUAAGCUUUUUGAUCAACACAUAAUUUUGGCAGCAGGUUGUGUUUUCGGAAAAAAUCAUCCAUUAUUAUAACUACUAUGCUCUCCGCCAGCGAAUCGAACAUCACCCCGGAAGAAUCCCAUAGCAGGUAGUUUAAAACCAAAAUAUAGACUAUUCUUAACCAAAAAAAAGAAAA